GCAUUUUUAUGUGUAAUAUAUAGAACUACAUGUAUGAAUGGACGCUCCUCCUCCGUAAUACAUCUACACAUAUGGAAAAUUUCAGGUUAAAUUCAUCGCUUUCGGGAAAUGCCAUGUUGACUUCACCACCAUUCAGGACUACAUAGUACCAAGAUAAGUGGUGAAAUGUUGUGAUUUUGUAAAUCCAAGAAAGAUAACAUCCAGAAUUUAGGCGGUGGAAAAGUGUCGCAUCUCACCGGCUUCGAUCCGAGCGGCGUCAACCCCCAUCCCCAUCAGUGCAUAAGUCAAUCGUGUUGGAGCGAAUGUAAACAGCAUGCAGCAUUGACUUGAGCUGAGCUGAGCAAGUGUUACUGGCUGUGCCCGUGCAUUUGUGUUGCAGUUGGUGAGAGUACACUCCAAGGACAGGAUAAAUUAAGAUUUACAGAACUGGAUCUCUUCAGAAGGGCUUGACAGGUGUCAAAUUCACACUGCACUAGCUAUUUCUGUAAUUAGCAUUGACAGACAUGAUGAUGUGCAUUUUUGAAUUUGAGUAUCUUCUGUUAAUGUGAAAGAUCUAAGUCAGAUUGCAGCCACAGCACAGUCAUUCAUGCAUCGACUUUAUUCUAAAUUAGGCUUGUUCAUCUGAAACUAACUGAAAACUCAUCUUUUAAACAGAAAACUCACACUGACCACUGACACAGUCACAGUAAAAAAAACUCGAGAUGGAUCUGGCAGACCCUCAUAUGGCACCGGAUCAUUUCUUCACUGCUCCGUUUGACAGUGACAACUAUGGUCCACAAACCAGCAAACUCCAGCAUCUUAUGCAGCGAUCACAUUCAGUGGGAUCGAGCCUGUCAACAUAUACGGGAUCACCGGCAUCCUCGGCACCAAGCGGGCAAAAGAGAGACGAAACACCCAUCUUCCAACCAGGUGGUAGCACAUUAAGUUCAAAUGACUUGAGCUCCAAUUUCGCCAACAUGCAUCUCAACAUGGCUCUAGAGGGGAUGGAGUUUGUACCUGGAGCCCAGAACACGCCCAAAUCAGAGUUCCAACCGAGGAACAGCCGGGGUGACUUCCAGCCUCCCCCGCAGCAGCCGCCUCAUUCAUCCAUGUCUAUUCCCCCUCCCCCGCUUCCCGUCACACCGACGAAAGACACCGGGCCUCUCUCCCUGAACGAGUUCAAGCCACAGUCCAAGCUGAAGAGCCUUACUCCAGGAGUGCCGGAGUUUGUCCCUAGGCCAUUGAGCCAGGGAAGCUCGAUGUUACCGACGACCGUCAGUCAAGCCCAUGUAGCCAGCGCAAUACCCAGAACGACUGCAGGAGGAUUAAUGAGCAGUGAUUUUGUGUCUGGUUCUUUGUCAGCCGGUGCCUCACCCCUCCACUCUCCCGGUGGCUCACCCAACACCAGCCGAAAGGAGUUCCGGCGAGCCCCUGCCCCCACGCCAAUCGAGAUGGACGGUGCAGCAAAGUCCAAGGGGUCUGCCCAAUACCCCGGGGUGACUCAAGAGAACAUCGGGGGUACCACCUACUUCUAUACGGACGACCAGAUGUCGAACAUGUCACAGGCUCAACCCAAUGCUGGCAUUGUGCUGCCAACAUACCAUGUCUAUCCGUCGACACCUGCCCAUGUGGACUACAUGAAGAGGAAUGUGAAUGGACCAUCUUUCUUCAUGGACGAAGAGUUCAAGAUUGAUGUCCUGAACAAGCAGGCCCAAGCCCUUACUCAGCUGGACCUCACAGAACACCCAGAUAUCCCACAAGAAGUGGACAACUACCACUCUCUGUUUCCUCUGGAACCUUCACCCAAGACACCUAUGGACAAGUCAAGUACCUUUGGCUACACCACCACAUGUUACAAGGCUGUCAACAAGAAGGACAGCAAACUCUACUGCCUUAGGAGAAUACAUGGUUUUCGAGUUGGAGUCACACAGUGGAUGGUGCUAGUAGAUAAAUGGAAGAAGCUUCAGCACUCAAACAUUGUAUCCUUAAGAGAAGUCUUCUCAACUAAAGCUUUUGGAGAGCAUUCCAUUGUUUUUGUACAUGACUACCACCCUGGUGCUACCACACUCAUGUCAAGGCAUUUCGGUCAUUCCGGCGGUCUAAGCUCAUUCCGCAAAGGCCACAGUAGUCCUUUCCCUGGAUCUCGAGGUAGGGGCGGAGGAGGAGGCGGGAGCAGCGGAGGGCUCAACGGGCCGCGAGGGCACAGUGCUGGCCUCCUGCCCGAGGGUUUGAUCUGGACGUACAUCGUCCAGCUGAGCUCCGCCCUACGUGCCAUUCACACCGCUGGCCUGGCUUGCCGGGUCAUGGACCCCACCAAGAUCCUCAUCCUGUCCAAGUCAAGGUUAAGGGUCAACUGCGUGGGUAUCUUUGAUGUGUUGACCUUUGACCCCAGCCAGUCAAACCCUCUUGCCAUGAUCUCGCAUUAUCAGCAAGAAGACCUGAUCUCUCUCGGGAAGGUCAUCUUAGCGCUAGCUUGCAAUUCAGUUCAGAGCAUCCAGCGUCAAAGGUUAUCUGCCUCUGUUGACCUUGUGGCUCACCAGUAUUCGGGCGACCUCAAGAAUCUGGUUUUAUAUCUCCUGACCAGCCAGCCCCGUCCACGGUCUGUGAACGACAUCAUGCCUAUGAUUGGAGCAAGGUUCUACACGCAGUUGGAUGCCGCUCUCAUGUGCAAUGACGUUCUAGAGGAACAGUUGUCGCGGGAGAUCCAAAAUAGCCGCCUCUUUAGACUCCUCUGUAAACUUGGCGUCAUAAACGAAAGGCCUGAAUUCCAUGGUGAUGUGCAGUGGGCGGAGACUGGUGACCGUUACCUUCUCAAGCUCUUUAGAGAUCACUUAUUCCAUCAGGUCAAAGAGAAUGGUUCCCCAUGGCUUGAUCUCUCUCACAUUGUUCAGUGCCUCAACAAGCUUGAUGCUGGUAUUCCAGAGAAGGUCUGCCUGAUGUCGCGUGACGAACAGAACAUCUUGGUGGUCUCGUAUUCGGAUCUCAAACACUGCUUUCAGACCACCUUUAGUGAAGUGUUUCAGGCGUCGCAAGCAUCUCCAGAAAAUAUCGGUCACUGAUAAUGCAUUCAACCGUCAUUCUGCUUGAUCUCAAACACUGCUUUUAAAAUACUUUCAGUAAAGUUUUGAGGCAUUUCAAGCAUCUCCAGAAAAUGUCGGUCACUGGUAGCAGCUCUGACCAUUUUGAUCAAUCUCAAAUGCUGCUUUCUAACGAUAUCUUAGCACCGUCGUCAGAAAAUAUGGGUCACUGAUAGCAAAUCCAACUGUAAUGAUGAAUCUCAAACACUCCUCUGUGAUGAAAUGUCAGCACCAUCAUCAGAUUUAUCAUCCAAUACACUGUUCUGUUUCAUUGUAAACUCUACCAAUGGAUAACUCUAACUGCAUCUCCAGAAAUCUUGGCCACCAAUAACUAUGCAUUCUGACUGCUGUUCUCCUUAUUGUCAGAUAUUGCUAUUGGAUAACCAUGUGCAGAUAUUGAUAGAAUCUCCUGGAAAAUAUUGGCCAUUGAUAACUAUGGCUGCUGCUCUCUUUAGACCUCUAAAAGAUGAGAAGUUCUGACAUCAGCUUUCCUUUCCUUCACUGUAAAAGUCUUUAUUGUGCCAGUACAAACCACGAUCAGUGGUAUUUGGCCUAUACCCAUCGGUAUCUCAAUGUCACUGACCUUGCCUCUGAUUGCUUCUUCAAACUUUGGACCUAAAACUUGUGAGCGCAUGUUUAAGGCAACCAUUAGUUUUCUACUGCUACAGGAUUUUGAGAGAAAUUGACUCUUGUCAGUUUGAACUGUGAAAUCGUUUUAACAAGAAAAAUGCCAAGAAUAACUCAGAAGCACCAUUCUGGUACAUUAUAUCAGAGACACCGCUGAAAUUCACCAAAUAUAUCCCAAAAUAUGCUGUCUUGAAUUUUUUGUAUCCCAAUUACUAUUUACUCUCUUUUUAUAUAUUCGAUCAUUGAUGGCAUUCUAAUUCAACAAUAUAUUUCUUAUGUCACAUGACUAAAUUUUUAUUUUUAAAUUUUCAUUGUUUUUUACUCCGGCCUACAUUUUUUCCAUUGUAUUCAUUUUAAAAUGUACUAAGAACUGACAGAACUGUCCAUAUUUCAAUUAAUGAGAAAUUUUAUUGAUAAUUGUAAUCGCUUACUAUAGAUUUUCUUAUAUUUUUGUUUUUUAAAUCAAUAAAUCAUGAUCAGUGUCAUUUAGUGAAUCUGCAUUUAAGGUAAACUUCCGUUACAAUGAUUAUGAACUGCCUUUUAGCACUGUUAUUGAUUUACUAAAGUAAUGAAUAAAAUCUUUAAAUCUUUGUUGUACAAUGAACAAGGAAUUAGAUAGGUUACUAGAGAGCAGUAUUUUUGCAACUUUUUUUUAAAUUUCAGAUGAAGUCAUAUUUUGUGGUAGUGAUUUUGAAUUCAGUGUUGGCAUUCUCUGUUUAAAAUUUCAGGUGUCACGGGGUAUUGAGUUUUCUAUAGUAUUGAAGGUAUUGGUUUUGUACACUAACAUUCAGUGUUAGAGCAAAGUGAGGUAGGUGUUGGUGUUAGUUUGUUUAGACUGCCUGAAACAUGUUCACAACACCAACACUAUUUUCACUCUUAGUGUAAGGUGUUGGUGUUAGGUUAUGCUGCCUGAAACAUGCAUUCAACACCAUUACCAUAGUACAUAAAGCAAUGGUGUUUGGUUAGGCUGCCUGAAACCUGAUCUCAACACCAAUACUUCAUAAGGUGCCAGUGUUAGGCUAGGCAGUCUGAAACCAGCUCUCAACACCAAUAUUGACACUGAACACUGCAAGUCUCAGUGUUAAGUUAGGCCACCUGAAACAUGCUGUCAACACCAAUACAAACACUGAACUUGAAUGAUCUCUUUGAGUUGAGCACCGGUGGUAAUCUAGUAAUGACAAACAGUGUCAUCCUCCCCCUUACCUUAUUAAUAUAUUGCCAAGUAUUGAGAGCAGGACAAACAUGAAAUCAUACUAUUGUGUCAUAUGACGAAUAGAGAAAAGAUAGAGAAGUGGUAUUCAUGCCGCAUAAUCAUCAUUUUGACGUGGUCCCGCGCGAUUUUUUUUAAAUAUAUAUUAUAAGUCAUGAACUUUCCACUUUUAAUGAUCAAAUUUUGUUGUAAAUAGAUGUCCCUGUUUUAUCAGUACAGUGCCUGACAAUGUCGUUGAAUGAAAUUCAUGAACUUUUUUAUAUAUGUCGAGGAAACCUAACCUGCAUUGAUGAACAGAAGUUUGAAACAGUAUUGAUCAAUGAGCUCUAUGAGCGAAUCGCUUUCUUGUUAGGUGUACAUAGAUGACUGUAGAAAGACAACUGUUGUACAUACCGAGAUGCUAUCUUGUACAGUCUUAGAGUGGAAUGGAAGGACGUAAGUGUACAUAGAACGGAUGAUUAAGUCAUUGUCGUAUCAUUUCAAAUUUGCAGGGAGUGUAAUACUGAUCAUUUUCUUGUCAAGGAUCACUUUAUUUUUGUCGAUGUAAUUUUUGUUGUUGUUGUUGAAGCAUUCCACUCAGCGAAGCAGACUCGAUGAGGGCUGAUUGUCGUGAGCUUUCUCUACUUUUAACCGAUUGCCUACUGUACAAAGCCUUUGAUAAUUAGGGAAUUUCAGUAGUCAUAAGUUAACCCAUUGCCUACUUAUACUGGACUAUUAGAAUUCAACAGGUUAACCCGUUGUCUACUGGAACGUAUGGUCCCUGGAAUGUUACAAAGCUAAUGAUAUUUUUAAAAAUAAAUUUAUUUUAAGAAUUCAGUACCGGUAGUCAACAUCUUAACCCAUUGCCUACUGGAUUCGGGUGGUCCCCUGAAUGAAAAAACAUAAUUCUGUAGUCAACUGGUUAACUCGGUGUCUACUGGAAUCGGGUGAUCCCUGUUCAAAGUCUAUAGUAAUCGUAGAAUUUGGUGGUCAACUGGUUAAUCCAUUACCUACUAGAGCCAGUUGGUCGCUAUACUAAGCCUACAUACAUGUAGGCCAUUCCCCUGUGGGUUAGUGUCAAAUUUCAUCAGUGCCAUCCCCCAGUUUCAAUAGCGAUGCCAACCAAUGAUCCUGUAUUACAAUGAAAAUAACUCCAUACAUGAUGUAUAAUAUGAACUUUCUUACUUUAUGUCGGGCUAUUGGGAGUAGUCUCUGCUUUUUGGCACUUCUAAUUCUAUGCUUAUUUACCAUUUAACAGGAUAUGAUACCCUGAAAUCAAGCUGGUUUGAAGAAAAAUUGUAAAAAAAGAAACUUGCAAAAUAUGGAAAUUUCAUUGAAAUCGGAUGUGAAAUGACAGAAGGCACAGCAAUUUGACAUGUGAAUAAUCAAAAAUUCUUAUUCGCUAUCAAAACUGUUACCUUAAAGUGUAAGUAAGUAGCCAUGUUGUAUCCACCGACCACAGUUAUUAGCUUUUAAUAUUUUCCUAUGAGAGUGCAAAUGAAAUAUUUCAUUUAAUUAUGUAGAAAAUUCUGAUUUAUGUGUGUUUGUAAGAGAUAAGGCAUUUGGAAGGUCCAUAAAUGAUUUACAUAACGAUUUUAAUCAUACACAUCAAAAAAAAAAUAUAUAUAUAUAUUCACAACUCCAAUUCUAAGCAAUCAGGAGCAUGCAUUUACAUAUGUAGGACUGGCAUUUAAUGUUUUGAUUUAUAUUCUAUGCAACUCUUGUUACAAUAUAUUUUACAAAAGUGAUCUUUUAAUUUGUUUGAGACAACAAAAUUGCCUCAAAUCGCCGAUGAUCAGUACCACAUGUAUACAUGUUGCCAUACAAUCCAGGGACUGUCUUUAUACAAAGAGUUUUGUAUAUCCGAUCAUCUUACAACUAUAUGGAAAUCCAAUGAUGUCAUAAUUUUUUCUCCAGUAAAUUUGCAUGAUGUCUUUUGUAAACAGAGAAAAGCACACUGAAGUUUCAAAAGAAUAAUAAAUGUAUGGUUAUACAUCACAUCUAAAAAAAUAUUUUGAACAAACAUGCCUUUUAGAUGUUGACGUUGCUGGCUUUCCAUAGUUGUGGUUGAUUGGAUCAAUUUCAACACUAUGUAAGACGGGACCCAGAUAUCUCUGUAACUAUGUCACCGUAUGCAGGGUUUCAGAAUUGGUUGUGUGACUACAUGUAUUUGUGACCAGUGCGAUUCCUAUUCCAAUGUACUUAGCCUCCUUAACACAAAGCUGAUAGAACUAAUGUUUAAGAUUGAUUGCGCAAGAUACGAUCAACUUUACAAUAUGUUGAUAAGCUUUGAGUAACUAGUCCCAUAUCAAUUCUCUAUGCUCAGCCCAAGCUGAAGAAAAACCAAAAAGUAUAUAAUCAUUCACAUUUUGUUUUCACGUGGAAUGAUACGUUUUUGUGAUAUUUUUAAUAUCCAAAGUGAAAAUAUUAUGCACCUCUUUAAUGAAUUUUUUUCCUUUUAAACGAUUGAACAAUUUUAUCUGAUCAUGAGUUUCUGAUUGACUUUCGUUACCGCUAAUCUAUAUUCUUUAUAUUCAAUGAUUUUUUAAAUGAUAUAGGGUUCCUUUUUCAUUUACUUUCAUUGCCACAGCUUCGUGUUCCUAAAGCCUGUUUAUUAAGACCAUGAUUAUGAUAUCUUUGCUGUUAUGGUAACUACCAUUGAAGCUUGAUUUUGAUUGGCUGCUAAGCUCUGUAUUGUAUUUACCAUAAUGGUAAAAUUACUAUAACCAUCUGGUGGGUGUUUCAUGAAGCUGUUCGUAAGUUAAGAGUUACUUUAAGAACAACUGGUGAUACUUUCUUGUGGUAAAUGGUAUAUUCAUUGGCGAUGGUUUAGCGCGUAAGAAAGGUUCACCAGUCGUUCUUAUCUUACAAACAGCUUUAUGAAAUGGCCUCCUGGGGCCCUCUUCUUAAACUAUGACAACUUUGCCAUAAUGACAACUACCUUUGUAGCAGUGCUCAGCAGCCAGUCACAAUCAAGGUUUCCAUGGUAGUUAAAAUAAUUAUACUUGAAACCCUUUUUGAAAGGGGCCCGAACUCUUUAGCAUGCAGGCCUCCAGUUGGUGUUUCAUAAAACAGUUACAAGCGACUUUAUGAAUGACUGGUGACCCUCUCUUGGGAACUGAAUCAAUGCCAUUUGAAAUCUGGGGUGAAGUUGUUAAGUCGCUCGUAACUUAAGAACAACUUUAUGAAACACCCUCCAGGGACCGUAUCAUAAAGCUGUUUGUAAGUUAAUAGCGACUUCAAGAACAACUGGUGAACCUUUCUUACUUGCUAAACCAUCACCAAUGAAUAAACCAUUUAUCACCCCCAAAAAAAGGAUCACCGGUCGUUCUUGAAGUCGCUCAUAACUCACGAACAACUUUAUGAAACACCCACCUGGGCUCCAUAAGACAAAGGUUUGCGAUGAAUUGCAAGUAUGAAAGAACCGCACUGAUUGCUUCCCAGUCAUUAUCUUAAACAGUGCGCGUGCAACGACGAUCUAGAUUGGUCAUUGGUAUUUAGCAAUUGAUUGCAAACCUUUGUGUUACGGAGCCCUGGUCUGAAAAUUUGUACUAGUAUGCUCUGAAUUACUUAGGGUGUCUGGAGAUAAGCCCAACAUGGCUGCUUUUAUUUUGCCGUGUCUGUACAUGUAGGCGCUGCAAUAGACGGUCCCCAUUGACUUAGUCUUCAUUUCACACCUUACUGCGAUUUUACAGUCCCAGGGUCUGUGUCUGCAGAGGAAUACAACCCUAGCAUUGGUGUGGAUAUAUGACCUUAGUCACACCAGCAUAAACGACUCCAAACUGACCAAUCUAUUGCAUUGCAGCUAAAUGAGAAAUCAUCAGUCAAUUUGGAUUCAGUUUCAUUGGUGUGACUGGGGCAUGGUUGGAUGGGGAAAAUCAAUUGGAAUGGUACAUUCUUCUCCCGAAUUUAAUAAGAUUGCCUUUUUUAAUGAAAAACCUAGAAAUCUUAAUUUUUUUUCAUGUACAUUCGCAUUCAUUCUUAUCAGGGAGAGAGCUGAUCAUGUGGCUUUCAUUUUUACAUUUCUUAUCAAAUAUACGUAUUUUUGUGAAAAAAAAAAUAUUGGAAGAAAAUCAAUCCCCUUUUUCUGUCAAAAGUAGGCCCUAAAUGUGUGUUCUGUGAAUCUAAAUUACCGGUAAGUCUGUUGGUGUAUAUGUUUUGUCUUGAUCAUCGAAACGGAUGUCUGUAACACAAAGCAUAUCAAUGAUAAUUGAUUGUAGAAAAAUAAUUACGAUUUAUUGUAUUGAUUACAGUGUACAAUCAGUUGUAAAAAGUCAAAGCAUGAUUAAUCAUCAAGUUUUGUGCUACUAGACAAGGCAGAUUCACUUUCAUCCAUUUUCUUUUGAUAUACUGCAAAUGUCUUGUAACAGCAUUACCCCCAUAUUCCCAGUACACAAAUGGAGCUCAUACGCACAACCUUGAGUCAUAAGAAAAGUACAUAUUCUCCAUGACACAAUAAAUAGUAUAUUGGGCCAUACCAACGUGGAAAGUACAUGUAUUCUACAUGUGCACGCGCAUGGACAAUAGAAAAAAUAUAGAACUUUGUGCGGUUGACAUUUUUGAGUAAUGGAAACCUUGAUUGUGAUUGGCUGCUAAGCCCUGUUACCAUGGUAGUUGCCAUGACAACAAAGUAUGAAAUAAUGAAAAAAUAAUUACAAUUUCUUCGUGAAAUGUCAGCAGAUAUCCGAUGUAUAGCAUUAUUGAUAUUAAUGGCCUUCUUAACUUUCAUUUGCAGAGACAAUAAUUUUUAGAUUUUUAAUGACAUCCUUUUAUGUGUUUUCUGGAAAAAAUGUAUAAUUUAGCCAUCACUGAUCUUUUGUUACUGAUACCGCUAUGUCAGGUGGGUACGGCGGCCCUUAUUUGUGCCUAUGGUGUAUGCAUUUCUGUAAAAGAUAAUGUCAAAAUGAACAAUUUUUUCUUCCUGAUCAUUCUUUUUAUAUUAGGCCUUGCAAUGAUCAAAAGCAAUGAGAGUGUAUCUGCCUGUGUACUCGAUGGUCCGUAUUCUGAACUGCUUUAAUGUAACCUCUGGUCUAAAGUUGGGGUCUACUUUGGAAAACCAACCAUGACACAAAUAAUUUACAGUACAAGUUGAAUUUAUCAGCUCUUGUUAAAAGUUGAAAAUAUGGCAACCAAAAGUUUUCUUCACCAUCUAAAGCAUGAGGGUGGAGCAUAAGUAAACAUAGGAAAGAAAAAAAAAGCAAGUGUUGAAAUGUUUGGCUCCCCAUAACUUAAUACAGACUUAGGCCAUGGCCUUAGCUGUUAAACUGGACGUCAUUCAGAAUACAGGCCUACGUAUGAGUUUUGCUGAAAUAUUGUCUUAUUUUACUUUUCACUUUCAUGUUUGCAAUAUGCAGUACAUUGUAUACUCUAUAUCAACGAAAGAUCGAUCAAAUUUCACUAUUGUGGCUGUUUCGUAUAACCCUGUAAGUUUCAUGUCUUAUGUCGGGGAAGAAACGUAUGCUUCUGUGCAUGUAUCUCAACGGACACAAGACCAGUUUGCAUGAAUUGUACAUUAGGUGGAGCCUUGUACACAGCAUUAACAAGGCUUUUCAAAAUAUAUCAUACUACAAAGAAUAUUUGAGUUAUCAUCGUUAUCAAUGUCAGACUAAAGUGCAGUUUCUGCUACUAAUGAACUCAGACUUCCUGUAAAUGAGAAUACACUAAGGAGCAUUUAGGCUGGAGUAAAAUAUUGCCCGAGCAGUUGCUACCAAUUUCCAGAUACUAUGGAACAAGUGACCGCUGCAUUUGGGAAGCAUGUUUUCUAAUCAGAUGUGAACAUUUGCAUAUAUGCAAUGGAUCUGCUACUCGCGUCUGCUCAUUUUCACUUCUUCCCGAAAAGGAUACAUUAAAUAGACUAUAAAUGGGGCAUUUUCCUGUGAUUUAAUAUGAUCUAGGCAAUUCUUUUAUGACUAUUUUUAUCAGAUUGUUAUUAUUUUUGUCGCUCGAUGUGGAAAGGAAAUUUUGAAAUGGAAUAUUUAAACAUGAAAAGCAAAAUGUCGAUUUUUAUAUGUGAAGUACUUUUUGUACAGUACAUGUAUAUGUAAAACCUGAAUGGCUAGCUUCCACACUGUACAGACUUCUUGGUAUUUUUAAAAUAAAGUUGAGAAAGCACACUAAAA